GAACGAGUCGAGGAGACAAGAAGCGACUUGAACAAGAGCAAGAACAAGAGCAGAGACAGAGGGAACAACAAGAAGAAACAUAGCAAGAAGAAGAUCUCUCAAAAAAGUUGUUAAGAAGACGGAGAGAAAUCUAUUACAGGAAGCAAAGAAGAAAGAGUCGUAUCGUUGAAUUCAUAACAUCGUUUCCCCAUCAAUUUAGAUCAUCGAACAAGCAACAAGUGCUGAGGUCUUGAUGUCGAAGUUUCCUGUUUCUUUUGUUUUCUUUUCUUGCGCCCUUCUCCUCGCGUUGGUCCUCCAACUAUCAGAAGGAGCCCCUGCUUCGAGUCAGCCCAGUGCCCCUUCGCCAGCUGCACCUGCUCCUCCCCUGACCCUCCGUCGCUCCUUCAACGCACCCAAGGAGAGCAAGGACGUUGCGUUUGUGACCGGCAGGAAGAGCCUGAAGGCCAUCGCUGAAGACGCCUUGGACGGGCUCAGCGUCUGUCUCGGCGUCGCCGUGUUGGGAGCAGCCUUAACACUCCCAUUGUGAGGAGGAGACGAGGAGAUGUAUGCUGCUGAGGACUGCAGCGGAGAAGGAGGAGGAGGAAGAGGAGGAGGAAAGAGGUGAAGCGAUGUGACGUUCUAAUGGAGUAAAACGAAAUGUGUGUGUAGCUUUGAGAUCAAUACAU